UCCUUGCACACCUCUUGCGAUUUCGUUUGGUAUCCAGUCGUGUUUGCGUCGCACAACGUUAAGAUCUCGAAGAUAGUACUUCACAAUGUCGACUGAACUCCAGCUAGAAGCAGUUCUUAGUAAGAUUCAGAACUCGCUUACUGAUAUAAGUAAACGCCUUGAUGCAAUCGAGUCGCAGAACAAAACCAUCAAAGACGAGUCAACGACGCAGACCCGCCGUCUCGAUGAGAUCGAGAGAACCAUCAAGGAUGAGUCUGCGACGCAGGCCAACCGAAUUGAUGUGCUCGAGAAAAACAUCAAGGAAGACGCGAUGAUGCAACAUGCUCACGGAAUCUCAGAGCUCACAAAGGUGGCUCAUGAGGCAGGGGAAGAGGUUGAUCGGAAGAAUGCUGGGCGGUGGAAUGACCUCAAGGAUAAGCUCGACCAUUGGGCUAAUCAGGUAGUGGCAUAUUCUAAGGAUGUCAACAAUCUGAGAAACACUUUCAAGAGUUGUGAAUGCCCAGGUAGCCCAGCUAAGGCCAAACAUGACUCUAUCUCUCAAACCUGUGAUGCAGAAGGCUUGAGUGUGGGCACAUUCAACUCUUUACAUUCCAUUGCCACUCUUGUACAGAUUGUUUUGUAGAUUCCAACAUCGAUAUCAUUUUUCCUGCUGCAUGCCUGCUGCGCUGCCUUGUCAUCCU